GUGACUUAACCGAGACAUUAGCGUUACGUAAUGACGGAUCUCAUUGUCUUGGCAACAACGUCGCGACCAGACAUCGGGACGCAGUGGCUCCCGGGAUCAAUACGGCGGACGAUGCCAGACGACGCACCUCAACCCCGGCCCGAUUUCUACACUCCCCUGCCUCGUUCCUUCGCUAAAUUCACUCGCUUCAUAGACGAACACAUCAGGAUAAUACAGUAUUGUGUAUAUGGCGUAGGUGCUGUCGGGAUUGCCAUAACGCUACACAGCGUACGGGCGUUCAGCAAAUUUAGAACGAUAUCAGACAUCCCCAAAGAGUUCAUAAGCAAGCAUAUCCGUCUUCAUGGACAUGUUCGAUGGGUGGGCGUGUCCCCGCCCAGGACGGCGACGUCUCCGCCAAUACUCGCCUUGCCGGCCACCCACACCUCGAAGUCGAGUGAGUCAGCAUCAGACACUCAGCCGUCCUCUUCACUUGAAAGUGGAUCCAUAUCGAGUCCACUCUCUGUGACAAAGGAGGAAGACAAAGAAAAUGGGAAACAGCUGAAAGGGGGAGACUCGCGUAGUCUGAGUAGCGAUAAUCGGGGCAUAUACGACGGAGCAGGGGAACUUCAUCCGUGGGAUGAUGGCAUUGAUCCUGACGUUGAUAGGAUAUUUUACGAAGAGGAACUUCGCCCUGUAUAUCUUCAGAUAGAACACAGCCCUGCUAUCCCCGUGUUCAGGAAAAGUGAUGACACGUGUCUUCCUCUGCACCUCGCUGAUGUGGAGGUUAGUCGUGCAGGGUUGCAACGUGCAAAAGAGCAGCUGAUGGGCAAACGAGCGUGGUUCACCCUCAUCUCUCACGACGCGGAUGCCAACGCUCUCGUCUCCAUUGUCAAACCCGUGAAGUUCCUGCGACGAAGGAGCUUGAACGAGCAGUUAGUGCGAAACGGCGAGGCACUCACUGGGCCCAUGAAUCUGGACCUUUUCGAUGACAAAGCCUACACCAAAUUCUACAGGCGCCUCGCCCAGGCCCAGGACUACGCGGAAAGGAAGAAGAUCGGGUUAUGGAAGCCUCCUCCGGACCCACCAGGAGCGAUCAGCCUUCUGAAGAGGGUCUGGAGGAAGAUCAAGGUUUUCGUGGGAAGGACAGGAUGAAGCUAGGUUUAGGCAAGUUGAACUGCCCUAUGCAGGUUGCUUGUGUUCUUCUCCCCGAUGUAGAUCACAGCUGUUCCCCCCUGCCUGUAAAUAUUUCGCAAAA